CCCAAACAUAAAACCCGUCCUGUCAGGCAUUUUGCGCUGUCUCAACUCUCUCUCUCUCUCCCUGCCUCUCUAUAAAACCCUCUGAACCCUCUCACCCUACACUUUCCUUCUCUAGCCCCCUCUUGAACCCACACACACACACUCUCUCUAGCCAUGGCAAGCACCGAUCCGGAGCACAGGGAAGGGGAGGCUGCGGCCACGGCCGCGGCGGGCGAAGAGGAAGACACCGGAGCACAGGUGGCCCCAAUUGUUAGGCUCGAAGAGGUCGCCGUCACCACUGGCGAAGAAGAUGAAACUGCCAUUCUCGAUCUCAAAGCUAAGCUCUAUCGAUUCGAUAAAGACGGGAAGCAAUGGAAGGAGAGAGGUGCUGGUACCGUGAAGCUUUUGAAGCACAAGGAGACUGGAAAAGUUAGGCUUCUCAUGCGCCAAUCAAAGACUCUCAAGAUCUGUGCCAAUCAUCUCGUUCUACCGACUAUGUCCGUCCAGGAACAUUCUGGGAACGAUAAGUCAUGUGUCUGGCACGCUCCUGAUUUUGCUGACGGAGAAUUGAAGGAUGAACUUUUCUGCAUUCGGUUUGCCUCAGUUGAAAAUUGCAAAAGUUUCAUGGAAACAGUACAAGAGGUUGCUGAAUCACAGCAGAAGAAAGAGGAGAAUGAAGAUGCAUCAGCUGCUGCUGGGCUUCUAAAUAAGUUGACUGUUGAAGAUAGUAAAACCGAGGACAAGACCAAGGAAGUGGAACCUCCUGCUGCCGCUGCCGCUGCAUCCGAGCAAAAGGAAACUGAAAGCGAGAAGGGAAAAGCGGAUGCAGAAAAGAAAGGGGAGGAGCCUUCCUCAACCUAAGAAUGGUUUUUUUUUUUUUUUUUCUCCUAUACCAUAUACUUGUCAAGAGUAGUUCUCUGCCUUGUUUCCUGGUCCAUGUCUUGGUUUAUUCCUGCUGGUGAACUCCAAUAGAUGUGAUUGAUUGGCUGGAAUGGUGUGUGGGUAUGUCUCUUCUUCAGUUGUGUCUGUCAAAUGUUAACAUUUGAUCAGACUUCGGUUCUGGUUUGCAUGUCAAGGGUCUUAAAAUUAAACUAGGGGGUUUUUGAGUACAAUUUAUUUACCUUGUGUAAGCUGCUUGUCAUCAUCCUCUUGCAGAUGCUGAGUGAGAACUAACUAUAUAUUUUGAGCAGAGCUUUUGUUAA